UCCCAGUUUAUUUUAUUUGUUCGUUUUCGUAAGGUUUAUAGAUUAGGAAGACCGGAAUAGCCAACCAAACCCGUCGUCGUCUAGUUAUCUAUCUCCUCCACCAGCGAAAACCCCAAAACCCUAGAAUUCAAGAAUCGAAAGCAAUGGACUUCGACGAGUACGAUUACUUGGAGAAAACAGUGGAGGAGCAAGAGGACCACGACAGCAGCCGGAAGAAGAAGGAGAGCGAGAGGAGCUACAGGAAGCGCGAGGAGAUCGACGAGGGAAUCGAAGAGACGAAGAGCAAGAGGUCCAGGGGCGACGAAGAGAACGGCUCCAAGAAGGAUAAGGACCGCGAAGAACGCGACAGGGAGCGCCGCAGGGACAGGGAUAGAGAUGGUGAGAGAAGUAGCAGAGACAGGGAUAGGGAUAGGGAUAGGGAGAAGGAGAGAGAGAAAGGGAGGGAACGGAGGGAAAAGGAUAAAGAGAGGGAGAAGAGGGAGAAGGAGAAAGAGAAGGAGAAGGAGAGGGAAAGAGAAAGAAGGGAGAGGGAACGGGAACGGGAAGAGAGAGAGAGGUCUCGGAGGAGUAGGAGUCGUUCCGAGAGAGAAAGAGAAAGAGAACGGGAUUUCGACACCAGAGAUAGCAGGAGAUUUAGGGACAAAAAAGAGGCAGCGGAGCCCGAGGCAGAUCCAGAAAGGGAUCAGAGAACUGUUUUUGCUUACCAGAUGCCCUUAAAGGCAUCGGAGAGGGAUGCUUAUGAAUUCUUCUCAAAAGCUGGCAAGGUGAGGGAUGUCCGUCUGAUCAUGGAUAGGAACUCAAGACGAUCUAAAGGAGUUGGGUAUAUUGAGUUUUAUGAUGCAAUGUCAGUGCCAAUGGCAAUUGCUCUCUCUGGCCAACUUCUUCUAGGACAACCUGUAAUGGUCAAGCCUUCUGAGGCUGAAAAGAACCUUGUCCAAUCUAAUGCUACCAGUGGAGCUGCUGGAGUAGUAGGACCAUAUGGAGCUGUGGACAGGAAACUAUAUGUGGGGAACCUUCACUUUAACAUGACGGAGAGUCAAUUGAGAGAGAUUUUUGAGCCAUUUGGUCCGGUAGAGAUUGUACAACUACCUCUUGACUUGGAGACGGGACAUUGCAAGGGCUUUGGGUUUGUUCAAUUUGCCCAUCUUGAGCAUGCCAAGGCUGCGCAGAGUUUAAAUGGAAAAUUGGAAAUUGCUGGCAGGACUAUAAAGGUUUCAUCUGUAACAGAUCAUGUUGGAAACCAAGAUACAACUGCCAAAUCUGCAGAUUUUGAUGAUGAUGAAGGUGGAUUGUCUUUAAAUGCCCAAUCAAGAGCAUUGCUUAUGCAGAAGCUGGACCGCUCUGGCAUUGCUGCAAGCAUUGGUCUGCCCAUUGCGAAUGGGUCAUCUCCUGCUCAACAGGCUAUUAUGCCUAUUGGUAAUCCAGGUAUAGUACCAGCAGUUGCACCAGCUGUCCCAACACAAAUUAUGCCUAUCCCAGUGACUGAACCUGUUGGAAACCCCAGUGAGUGUUUACUGUUGAAGAACAUGUUUGAUCCAAACACUGAGACCGAACCAGAUUUUGAUCUAGACAUUAAAGAGGAUGUAGAAGAAGAGUGUUCCAAAUAUGGACGAGUGAAGCAUAUUUAUGUUGACAAAAGAAGUGCAGGUUUUGUGUAUUUGCAGUUUGAAACAGUGGAAGCAGCAAGUGCUGCUCAACGUGCAAUGCACACAAGGUGGUUUGCAGGCAGAAUGAUAUCUGCUAUCUAUAUGCUACCUCAGAUGUAUGAAACCAAAUUUAAAGGUGACGCUUGAAGAAAGUACUUACAGACUUGUUGACUCAGAUGGCAAUCUGCUUAUUUUUCUCACAUUAGUUUCUGAAAUUGAGUUUAGUUUAUAAAUUUUAUUCAUAACUUGCACUAUUAGAUGUAUGUUUACAGAAAUUUUACUGUCAAGGUUGUGUGAUAUUCAUGAUCAGUAAUUUUUUUCCCAUCUCAAUGUAUUUUAUUUUACAAUAGUGCCUUCUCUUUUUAUCUUGUUCA